UCCAAAACACCAAUCGGCAAAUGGGAAAGGGGCAGCGCGCGGAAGAGGAACGUCUGUUCGAAGGCUAAAGCUAAAAUGCUAACCCUUUAUUUUACACAAAUGGACACUACACAUUGAUAUGACAAGUUUGACUAGGUGAUAUUGCCAUAUGGAUGCAAUGCAUCACGUCAAGAUCAAAGUGGAAAAGACAGACGGGGAUACGGCCCAAGCGCGCAGCAGACUGGAUUCUAUUUUAAAAAGACUAGUGGAGAAAACCGAAAACGAAAGGGAGCAUAAUGACAGUGAGGCCGGGAAAAUGGCAGCUGACACCAUUAACAAGGAUUUGUCCCCGUUGUCUUCCGGAAAACGGCCAUCUGCAAGAUUUCCCCACCAUCGUCGCAAGAAGCGUAAAGAGAUGGACGAAAGCAUAUCGGAGAGCAAUACCCACAGACAGAACGCUUGCAUUAUGAAGUUGUUUGACCGAAGUGUGGAUCUGGCUCAGUUCAACGCCAGCACCCCUCUGUAUCCUAUCUGCCGCGCGUGGAUGAGAAAUAAUCCGUCCGUCCGAGAGCCCAGUGAAGAAUCCCCAGGAUCUCCACAAGUCAUGCUCGAGGAAGAGGUCGCAGACAUGAUGAACGGCAAAGAGCAAAUCGUGUACAGACUCCCUCCUCCAACGCCGUCUCCCUUAAGCCUCUCUGGUGAACCAGUCAACCUCAGGAUCCCACAGACUGAAAAACCCACAAUCUCCAAGAUUACAGAAUCUGCGCCUGUAUCCGGUUCCUUUAUAUUUGACCACAUGGAGCGAUGGAAAAAGAUCAGGCAAAAAUGGAAGGAAUGUUCCAACAAGAACCAGUUGCGAUACAGCGAAAGCAUCAAGAUCCUCAAGGAGAUGAAGGACUUCUAUGAUAACUAAUUAACAAUUUUACAAGUUUUCCUACAUACACUCCUCUCCAAAAUUAUUGAAAGAGUGAUGUCACUUCCUUUAUUUUGGAAAAAAAAAUGUUAAAAAAAAUCAAAGCGAGAAGAGCUCAACAUUAAUUUUUUUUCAGGUUAAGAUAUAAAGUCACUGGCAUAUGGUAUAUAGUUGAACUUGAAAGAUUCAAAGCAUUAUUUGUGAAAAUAGAUUUUAUUUUUAGUGGACCAAAAUCAUUAAAGGUGAUGUACAGUAAAAGUUAGUCUUUGGCCAGGUACGUACAAAGGUUCCGUUCCACCACCGAUCUAAAGUCCAGUUCCCAAGACAGGUCUUGUUUGCGCAAACAUCGAACAAAAACAAAGAAGAAGACGCGCCAAUGUCUCCUGAGUGUUUAACAUUAGAGAUGUUGUCAAUAAAGACUUGCUUUGGAAAAGAA